AGCGGACGCUCUAGACGCAUCAUCAUCAUGCAUCAUGGACCUGACGCAAGAGAUGGCAGGAUAGCCAAGCCUAGCCAAGCAUACGCGUGUGGCCUGUGGAUAUGUCGAGAGAUUGGAGAGUUGGAACGCAAAGCGCUGUCGACUGUCCAAAAGCUGGUUACACCCGUCAGCGUAUUUGAACUAUUUCUCCCCGUGCAGUCCUUGAUCCAGCCAUUCCAGGGGGUAGAUCGUCCACUGCCAGUAGAUCUACCCAGUAGAUGUGUGUUUGACGACGUGCGGUGUUUUCCGUCAAGUAGGUCUACGUGUAAUGCGGGUGGACAGUGUAGCCUACCGCGGAUGGACCGCUGAGGGAGCUCUCCGACUAGUUUUAGUUUAGCAUCGGACAGGAAAGCUACCACAAUCCACGCUAAACUUGUAUUAACCUACAACCCUGGUGCAGCGUGUGCCUGCCAACUACUGACAGGUUGUUGUAAUCACCUAAACGUCUUUGAGUGUGGGAACAAGGACGGACAUUAUCAGUGUCCGCUGUGCGCUCAUCGACAAGCAUUCUACGGAACUGGCUUUCCGAAUUCCUGGAGAGUCCGAGACCGCUGUAAGUAGGAGAGGGACAGCCAGUGACGAUAAGAAGGCUGGCCUGGGAGCUUGCAAGUCAGUGUAUUUGGACACCUCGAAACAUCUCUCCUGAAGAAAUUUCUGUGUUGGCAAAUAAUUCUGUGACAUUGUUUCUGAGGGAAAAUCUACCACAAAGAAGUGAAUCUCGUCUCUCAGCCUUGCGCCGUAAUUCGGCAUCGCAGCGCAAUGGACUGGACCCUGUUGCUGGGCGGUCGCCUGUCGCGCUCCACGUGCACGACAGUCCUGUUCACAGCGGUGGUAGUAGCAGCAUCCUUGCUUUGUGUCUCAGCGAAAGGACCCGUCCUGGAAUGGGCUAAGGAGCGAGAGGAAUGCACCGCCAGCCAGACUGAUGGUGUUGGGUCGGUGAGAGUAUGGUCUUUCAAGAAGAUGACGAAGAAUGCUGAGCAGUUCAGGGUGCUGAGGAAUGCAGAAUUGAACUUCUCAAAUAUCAUCUUCAGCGACGACAGCAUCAUUGUUGGAGCAAGUGACUUCAUUCUUCACAUUGACGUGAACUACCCGUUGUUUUUCCGAAUACGACAAGCUAUCCAUAUACCUCCUUCGCAGCACCAGCGACAAGUAUGCCUGAGGAAUGGUAUGAGUGAGACGGAGUGUCGCAAUCACAACCAAGUGUUGGGCUUCUCGCCUGUGAACAACACCCGCUAUCUGGAGUGUGGUACUGGUGCAGUCAAGCCCUACUGCAACUGGAGAAAAGUUAGCAAUGGUGACAUCAUCAACUACCCUACGCCAGCAGCAGAGAAGGUGUGCCCGUACUUGCCGCGUGUCAGCAGUGCCAUGCUCAUUGGCAACGACACCGUGUUUGCUGGAACGUUCAGUGUCCUGGAAGAGGCUAUGAUCACGAGAUCCUUCCCAUCACUAUCUACACUACAGGAUACACUGUGGCUAGAUGAUCCACAGUUUAUCGACUCAUUUGAACAUGGUGACUUUGUCUACAUGGUACUGCGUGAGGUUGCACAUGAAGUGACAUCAGAGUCCAAGGUGGUAUCACGUAUUGUACGCUUUUGCAAGAGAGAUCCAGGAGUUGGCGAAGUGUUCCGUUCAUUCCUCAAGCUGCGAAUGGUGUGCAGAAACGGUGACCCGGACACAUUCACGUUUGACCUUGUCACAAAGGUUGUUCUCGCCAUGGGUAGUAUCAACAAUCCUGACGAACGUGAGAUGCUACUGUAUGCAACAUUCCACCUUCCACCGGGAGCUCCCCAGGGAUCCGCAGUCUGCGCGUAUCCAUUGAGAGAUAUCGUGGAGAAGUUCAACACAUCACCGUUCAUCUACAACCAAGGAAACAACAUCUGGCUGGAGAGGGAAAGAGAGCCGGAUAUUGAGCAAUGCCGCAAGACAUCGAUGACACCCGACAGCCAGACAUACUUGUAUCUUAAGGAGCAGCUCAGUGGCAAUGCUAUCAUCAUGCUGGAAAGAAUUGGCCUAACCAGUCUGGCCAUUCUUGACGCCGAUCCCUAUGACGUGCUCUUCUUGGGCACAGAUUCUGGAGAGGUACUUAAGGCCACCCGUGUGCUCUCUACUGACAAGGCUGCUAAGUACCGGUAUCAGGCACCACGUUACCGCACAUUGGUCAUUGACCGAAUCAAAGUGGCCAAUUCCAGCGUUAACAAGCUUUUGACUUCAGCAAAGUUGACCCUGAUUGCGAUGACCAACGACGACUUUGUCCGUUUGCCCAUCGUAGGCUGCUAUUGGCACGCGACCUCGUGUUUCUCCUGUGUGCAGACCAGAGACCCGUACUGCGGUUGGUGUCCUGACCCUUUUCAUGACAGCGGCGGUACAUGCAUUCCAAGGCUAACCUGCAAUGCUCGCAAGUCUAACGGGUCGAUCGGGUACUUUCAGGACGUUGAACAUGGAAACACAGAUAUCUGCGGUCCAGUUGUUACCAUCAAAAACGAAAACAAAGAGUCGAUAUUUUUUGUCAACGUAAACGAAGAGAUCAACAUCACCCUGCACGUCCGACAUGCCAGCUCUGUCAUUUGGCGGAGAGGUGUACUGGACGAUCUACACACCCUGUCCAACAAGAGGCGCUUUACUCGCACCCACAAGCCGAGCGAGAAUAUAGCAACAUUGACGAUUUCACCAGCUGUUCUGAAAGAUAAGGGUCCGUACACAGUCGUGGCCAAGAACAACAUAUCUCAAGCCACGGAGACUAUCGAACUAGCUGUGGUCUCUAAGGCGCAGAUCAUCAGCCAUCCGAAGGACCUUCUCGUCGCUCCCGGCAGUCCGGCCAUGUUUGAGUGUCGCCUGAAGAAGCGCACCGGCACCGAUAGUAUAAUCUUGCACUGGCUGUACUGCCGCGACGUCGGCUCCAAGCCGUGUCGGCCGGACAGCAUGACCAGGGUGAACGCCGGCUCCAACAUCAUCAUCACCAACGCUAACUCGCUGGUCAUACUCAACGCUCAGUCGGCCAAUGUCGGCCAGUACCGCUGCGAGGUCAGAAAGGACAACACAAAUGUUCUCUCCGACAUUGCCAGACUGGAUAUUAAAAAGUAUCACAAAAUGGUGGAAGGCUCAAUGGAGAUUUUCGUGCCAAUGAUUCAGGAAGCUUGUAAUGCUUCUCUUAAGCUGCACUGCGCCAACACAGGCUGCAGCCCGGCUGACGACAGCAACAGCAGCAGCAGCAGCAGCGAGGCACGCAAGCGGCGCGUCUGGAAGUACAACAACCGUGAGAUGGAGAGCGAGAGCAGCAGCGUGCGCACGUCCCGAUCGCGGUGCCGCUCGGCCAUUCACCUCAGCACGCCCAUCAUGGCAGGAACGUACACAUGUCAACUGGAUGCGGCCACCACCACUACUUGUCAGACACAGGCACCACCGUCCAGCACCGCCGUCACCUCGUUCUAUGUUAUGCAUGAUGCAAGCCUUUCCGCGAGACAGCUGAGACUCGUAAUCCAUUGUGAGCCUCAAGAGGAAAGCUACCGCCACACCAUCUCAUGUCCUGCAAAGAAGACUGCCGACAAAGCAUCCAAGGCGAAAUGGGCAGAGGCCUUGCCACCACCACCGCCAAUGACACCCAACAGUACGGAGUCAACACCGACACAGGAUGAAGCGAGUCCUGCCGCGUCGGUGAUGAGCUCUGCGUACACCGUGACCAAGUCCGGUGACCUCCGCAUUACGCAGUGUGCUACAAUGCCAGACAGAACGGAACUCCUGUGCUGGAUGAACGAAGAGGAGAAGUACUCGAUCACACUGGAGACGACCAUGAUCGACUAGCGAUGCCGGUACUCAUUUUGACUUGUGACGAAAAAGAACUGGAAAUGAGACACCCAUGAAAUCUACAUCCUUUUAAUCAGAGAAAAUUUAAUUAUUCUUCUGCUCUAUAGCUCUAUAUAGUAAUGCAGGGCGCCGGGGAAUGAACAUGGUAUAUAGUAAUGCAGGGCGCCGGGGAAUGAACAUGGUAGGGUUUCACCUACUAGUGUGUACCCAGUCACUCAACUACACAUAGACCAUGGUGCAUUGGGGAAUAUGAACGGCUUAGGCGGCGGGGAUUUUGAUGAUGGCCCGGCCCCAUAGUUAUCGCCUACGAUCCUGCCCCCCCCCCCCCCCCUCCACUCCGGCUGUUCUUUGGCCAUGACUCUGUUCUCCGGCACCCGGCAGCACUGUGAUCCACCGCAAGCACACAAACUGUUCUAAUUAUUUUUUAUCUGAAACGACAUACAUGUACUGUAUAACUAUGCCUCGUGCACUGUGCAGUUAUUUGCUGCGUCAUCUGCCGCGUAGUGGAACAUUGACUAGGGCUGUCUGCAUGGCACCUCACUCUUUCUCUCUCUAGCAUGCCAGUCUUUUCUCGUGCAGCUUUAGUUGGUACAACAAUUGAUGGCUAUUUCUGCUUUAGGGAGUUUAGAUCAUCGGGAAAACAUGUCACAUGUGUAGUACUUCGUAAUAAUAAUCUAUGUUACCACUGUGCACUGUGCACUGUGUGGCAUGCAUUACACAUAACUAUUGCUACUUGUACUUGUAUAAUUAUCAAUACAAGGAGUACCGUGAUCAUGCUUACAAUCAUGUACAUGUA